AUGACUGAAAAGGUACAACAUAAAAGUGCAAACAAAAAAGAUAAAAGAGGUGGUACAAAACGGAAUUUUGGAAUGAUCUGUUUCGCUUACAUCUGUGCAUUUACCUCACUCCAAGCUGUCAGCAGUCUUCAAUCGAGCAUCAAUACAGAUAAAGAUGUUGGUCUCAAUUCAGUAGCAAUUGCAGGUGCUGCUUCUUUAGUUACAUGUCUUCUAUUUACAACCCCACUUGGAUAUAUUUUUGGUUAUAAAUGGGCAAUUGUUGGUGGACAAUUCGGUAUAAUGGUAUAUGUUGCAUCUAAUAUGUAUCCUAAACAAUGGUUAAUGUAUUCAACUGCAAUCAUAUGUGGAAGUCUUCGAGCUUGUAUGUCCAUGGCUCAAAGUUCUUACGUGACUGUACUUGCAAAUGAUGAAAGUGAGAAUGAUGAUGCUGAGAUAAAAACUAGAAAAUAUUUUGGUAUCUUUCUUGCUGCAUAUCAAUCAGUGGUAUUAUUUAUUGCAGCUCAAAUAUGGGGUAAUCUCAUAUCAUAUUUAGUCUUACGAAAUACUCCAAAAACUACAAAUACCAAUUUUACACAAUGUGGAGCUGAUUACUUAAUAAAUGAACAUCAAAUGCAAAAUGAUAAUCAUCGUAUAUCUCAGAAAACGAUUUACAUUCUUUAUAGUAUAUUUAGUGGUAUUAUCUUUGUGUCAAUAGUAUUGACCAUCAUUAUUCUUGUUCAGAGACGUGACAAUAAAAAAGAGGAUGAUUCUCAAGGAUUAUUACGAGAAUCACUUAAUCAUACAUUGUCAACACUCAAAACUGCUAUAAAUCCAAAUAAUCUUCUACUCAUACCACUUGGAUUUUGGUCAGUUUCUGCACAAAUAUUCUUUAUGGGAGCUUUAUCAAGCAGUUUUAUUACAUGUACAAUUGGUGUUCAAUAUGUCGCUUUGUACAAUUCGAUGUUACCAAACAAGAUAACAGAGGCUUAUUCAUUGCUAACAUGUGCUCAGAAUUCUGGAGCUGUCAUCGUUUUUCUUUAUAUAUCCAAAUUGCGUAUUCGUACCCAAAUUAUUCUUGAACUUGUUUAUGUUACAUUAGCUAUGUUAUCUUAUAUUAUUAUUGCAAUUAAACAGCGCAGAACUUCAACAAAUGAUGAUGAUCAACAAAUCUUUGUUCUUAACAAGAUAGUAUUGGGUCCUUCGAAACAUGUAGUAUCAUCAGAUCAAUGCUAA